UCUUUUCUUCUUGAUUGUAAAAAUGUCUGAUACUAAAAUGCAAUAUGUUCGUUUUGGAAACACGGGUUUGCGUGUUUCUCGCUUGACUUUAGGAUGCAUGUCAUAUGGUACUUCCAAGUGGCAGUCUUGGGUCAAGGACGAAGAAGAGUCUCUCGGAUUGAUUGGAAAAGCUUAUGACGCAGGUAUCAACUUCUUUGAUACAGCCGAUGUCUAUUCCAAUGGUGAAAGCGAGCGUAUUCUCGGUAAGGCUAUCAAAAAGUUCAACAUGCCUCGGUCCCGUAUCGUCGUCGCCACCAAGGUUUUCUUUCCUUUGACUGAAUCCAACAGUCUUGCAGCCGGCGCAAACAAUGAUCAAAACCCAGACUUGGUCAAUCGUCAUGGGUUGUCUCGUAAGCAUAUCUUUGAUGCUGUCGAUGCUUCUUUGGAACGGCUGGGUUUGGAUUAUAUUGACUUGUAUCAAAUCCAUCGUGUUGAUCAUAAUACACCUUUUGAAGAAACAAUGGAAGCAUUGAAUGACCUAGUUCGCUCAGGAAAAAUUAGAUAUAUUGGAUGUAGCUCAUGUUAUGCAUGGGAGUUCCAGAAGAUGAACAACAUUGCCGAGAAACGAGGUUGGGCUAAAUUCGUCUCGAUGCAAAACUGUUACAACCUCAUUUACCGUGAAGAAGAACGAGAAAUGAUUCCCUACUGCAAAGACGCUGGUAUUGCUAUCAUUCCUUGGUCUCCUUUAGCAAGAGGUGUUUUGACUGGCAAGAACCGUAACACAACACGUACAGAAAGCGAUAAAGCUAUUGAGAGGUUCUUUACCAAAGAGCAACAGAGCAACGACUUUGUUAUUGAUCGCGUAGUUGAAAUUGCUGAGAAACUUGGUCAUACUCCUUCGCAGAUUGCAUUAGCAUGGAUGUUGCAUAAACCUGAGGUUACAUCCCCUAUUGUAGGUAUUGGUAAAGAACAUCAUUUAUACGAUCUCAUUGGUGCGCUUGAUGUCAAAUUGAGUGAGCGAGACAUAAAAUAUCUUGAAGAGCCAUAUGUUCCUCGCAAUCUUAUUCCUAUGUAAAUUUCUGUUUCAUUGAAAUAAAAUGAGGUUUUAUAACAAAAGAGCACAUUUCUAUAGCUGUGUUUCUUUUGACAUUAUUCUAA